UUUUAGAACAUUUUCAGUCGCUUGUUAGCGGCUGAACGUUGUGAAUAUGUUUUUGAUAUCAUUGCUAUUGUGUCUAGCGACAUCUAGCGGCGACUCUGGUGUAAAUUUUGACUUCAACUAUCCCAAUAUAAAAGAUGACAUUUAUGACCAACCUGUAAAUAUGAUGGCACCCAAAAAGACGCCACACGAAAAGGUUGCCUUCGAAACUUCGACUACCGAAGAUCCUUGGGCUCCAUUUGACUUCUCCAAGUUUGACGACUAUCUUGCAGGAGCGAGAGAUGACUCAGAUCGGAAUAGAGUGAAAAGAAGAGCUAAGAACACAAGAAGCUUCAGCUCGCUCAACGGACCAGUACUGCGCGAACGACCUCAUCACUACGUUUACCCCGAACCGGUAAAAGACAGAAUCAUUGAAUUCACAACAUCCACAAGAAAACCUGGCAUCCUGCCAGAAACAAUGAACCCCGGAGUCAUAUUCCGAGUACGAAUGUCUGAUGCUAUACUAAGAAUCAAACAGCGCAUGUAUGAAGACCCCGAACGGCAUAUAGAAGCUGAUAUCAUAUACACGAACUUGAUAAAAAAGGUCGUCAUGGAUGAAAUAACAAAGUUCCAUAACUUACUACUAAUGUAUAAGACGGAUAAGAGCAUUAAAGAGCAUUUGGGUGAAUGCGGUGGUAGGAUUUAUAAGUUCAUAAGUUAUAUGACGAUAAAGGUGCAUAUAUAUUGUUUAUUUGAUGCUCUGUGGAUAGAUGGUAACCCAUAUGUUAUUGGUGACGAAUAUUCGGUCACGCCUGUUGAAGUGCCUCCGAUAUUACAGUGUGAUGCAGCGGAAUGCAAUUCUGUAGUAUUCGUCGAUUCUAUUACUGAACCUAAGGAUGUUGAGGAAUAAAUUAUGAUGAUUC